AUGAAGGGACAUGGCGUCAAGAGUAACAAGAGCAAUGGAGGUCAUUCCAUAAACGGUACCGGGAUUCUUCCCGGAUUUGAGGGCGCUAUGGUUAGAUUUGAGACGAUCCAUUUACGCGAACUUGAAAGGGACCCUAGACCAAAUAAAAUAAGGCCAAUACGUCUACUUGCUGAGAGGCGACCACUUUUGGUAGACAACAGCUAUUCACCAACCAAUAUAUUGAGCAAGUUGAAAUCUUUCACUCGACCCUCAACUUACAACAAUAAUCCAACAUAUUUCGUGGAGCCAUUCAAAUGUCCUACAAACAUAGCCAGAAUGCCUGUGGAAGAAUUGGAUAAAUGCGAUGAAACUACCUCCAGUCCAUCGGAUACACACAAAAAUAUAAAAAGAAAAAAGGAAACAAAGAAAGCUGUUGUCAAUAUUGAUUUCUCUAAAUAUAGACCUACUACAGUGGAUACGCUAAAGACAAUACUACUAAAUGCCUGCAAUAGGCCCGUUAUAUCAUUUAUCCUCUAUACAGAUUGGAGAAGAUUAUUCACUCAAAACAGCCAUUGUGUAUACUUAUCGCAUAUGAAUGACUCUGAUUUAGAGCCAAUUGAAUCGGUCGUAUUCAAUGAUGUCAGUGAUCGAGUAAAGAGGCGCAUUGUAGAUGAAAUCAAUAAUUACAAAGUCGGUCGUGGCUCUCAUAAAUCGAUACAAUCCAGCUAUCUGUUCAGCAAAUAUGUAAAAAACGUUUGCUCAUAUGUUAAAAUCACGUGGACACUCAUCUUAACCAUAAUGGCUAUUGUCUAA